AUGUCAAUGUCUCAGCAAAGCGCAGCUUCAAUGUUUGAAGCACAGGGGCGAAAUUAUGAAACGAAACGUGAGAGAGGGACAAUAAAUAUUCUGACGGAACAUGUUGUUGCUACUCUCGACAACUGUAAGAUUUCUUAUAGAAAUUCCGUUAGAAUAAUAUCAGCUGUCGCGAUGGCCCUAGGAGUAGACUCUGAUAGUUUGAUUCUCAACAAGACUUCGUUUAAUGAACGUAGGUCGAAAAUUCGGAGGGACGCGGCUGAAUGGAUGAAGAAGUUAUUCGGUGAAACUGAGGUUGGAGCUGCGGUGGUUCACUGGGAUGGAAAAUUAAUACCUGAUGGACUAUCCUGUAAAAAGGUUGACCGCGUGCCUAUAAUAAUUCGAAGCAAGACUGUUGAAAAAAUAUUAAACGUACCAGCAUUACCGGAUGGAAAAGGAGUUACUCAGGCUCAGGAAAUUUUUAAGAGUGUUCAAGAAUGGGGAUUAUCUGACAAUAUUCAAGCACUUUGUUGCGACACAACUGCUUCAAAUCUUGGUUGUCGCAAUGGAGCGGCUAUUAAUUUGGAGCAACUGUUACAAAAAGAUCUUCUGUAUUUACCUUGUAGACAUCAUAUCUACGAAUUGAAAUUGGAGGCGUAUGGGAAAGCUAGUUUCCGGAAGCCGGACCAGAUGUUGGAUUUGGCGCUUGCUCGUUUAAAGAGCGAGGCAAAACAGUGGUCGGUCUUAUACAAAUGCUCUUGGAAAACGUAUGGCGACUUUAAAGCCGCUUUACUACGCACAUAUUUGAAUGCCAAGAAACAGAGAGAAGUGCGCUAUAAGAUUAGCCACGAUCGCUAUGAACCUACAAAGGGAGACAGUUUAUUUGGACACUUCGCAAAACAGGUCGAACUAGCGUCUCUGUUAACACCUGCGAUCCCUCCCGACGAGUUGCUCGCGAAUUUAGUACAACAUUAUCCCUAG